AUGGGAGCCGGGGCGAGCCGGAAUAGGCCACCGGCCUGGAGGCGACGCUCCAUUCUGGCGCCGCCGCCGCCUCCGCUGCCCAAGGACCCCCGCAUGCCGCUCACCAUCCGCCAGAAGUUCAACAUUGUCAAGUCCUGGAAGGGCAUCAGCCGCGCCAUGGAGCCCACCGGCGUCUACAUGUUCGUCAAACUGUUCGAGGACCACGCCGAGCUCAUCAACUUCUUCGAGAAGUUUCGAGAGCUGCGUAAUCGCGACGCGCAGGCUGAGAGCCUGGAGCUGGCCGAGCACGCCUCUAUCGUCAUGAACUCGCUGGACGAGGGCAUCAAGGCGCUUGAGGACAUGGACUACUUCUUCACGCUCCUGCAUCAGAUAGGCGGCGCUCACACUAAGGUGCCCGGCUUCAAGAAGGAGUUCUUCUGGAAAAUCAAGAACCCGUUCUUAGAAGCAGUGAAGGUCACGCUUGGCGAUGCCUAUACGGACAAUAUGGACAACAUCUAUAAGCUGACCAUCGAUUUCGUGAUCAGCACGGUCGUCGAGGGCUUUGAUCGGGCGGAGAGGGCACAGCGCUCGACGUAGAUGGCAGCGGCGGCUCUCGUGCUCAUGGUGGCCUGCAAUGUGGGCAGGCUCGCUAGGUCAAAGGCCGUGGACUCAAGGUCACAGGCGAUUUGUGAGCCCGCGGACCUCGCUGACACCACCGACGACCGUAAACAUCGUGUACAGCACCGCCGUUGUGAUCGGAGACAGCAGUUGCCAUGGAACAACAUGCCCAAAAUGUCGUGAGAACGUUGAAAAUGUGUUCACAAGUGAACCUAGGCAGUGAUCAGUGAAGUGCGCAUGUAUGUCAGUGGUGUGCGGUUGCCGCAUGCGAGUCGCGUCGUCGGUCGGCAUCGGGCUGAAGUGGCGUUUAAUGUUCUGGCAGCACGCGGUCAGGCGCCAAAGUCAGCAGCGGUGCGUGUCAGUGAGAGGCACGCUGACAUGACCGGUUUCCGUAGUCACCCGUAAAAUUACAGUGGAUAGGGGUGACUUAAGCUUUUUGAAUGAGCUGUUCUGCCUUGUGAAAGGUUACUGCGCACGUAGAAACUGCUGUCAACAUGC